AUGCAUGUCCAUCAACCGGAAGGUCGGUCGGCGCGGAACGGCCGCCGGUGUCGGUGCCAGUUUCCUCGCAUUUUUAAGCCAGUGUCACUUCUCACCAAUAUGACAACCGAUCACGGAGACAGGACAACCGUAGAAAACGAGCUGGAGGCGGCGACCGGCUUAUCCACACCUCGAAUUCCGAUGUACAUUACGAAUGCGAAAUGCAGAAAUGGGCCACAAACGAACGCCAAAAAACUGCCAGCAUGCAUCAGAUUAAAGAAAAAACGAAAGUCGCCGCGCAGUGCCGCCGCCGUCGCCGUGAACGGCGCUAAGCGGCAUCCGGCAGGCGAACAGCCGAAAUCCGAAAUAGCGACCGCCGCAUACGAGGAACUUAGGCGCGAGGCGCACGGUGGAACGACGGUACGAAAGAGAAGUGACGAAAGGGAGCAGAAGGUGAAACGCAGGACGAUAAGAUGA